UUGGCGGGGGAAGCGCUUCCGUUUUAAACACAAUAACAGAAAGAGAGUUUGGGACAUUUAGGGAAGAAGAACGUGUGUUUCUUCUUGUUUUCUCCCAUUUAACUUCCAUCAUGGACGUUUCUCAUCUGAACGGCGAAGUUUCCAAGAUGAGCGAGAAGCUGGAGAAGUCUUUGUCCAUGGACGACAAGAUGGAAACAUACCACAGAUUCAUUCAAGACGGUAAAGAUGCAGCAAGACAGGGGGACAUGCACAAAGCUCUGGAGUUCUUUAAAAGGGCGCACAACAUUCACCACAGUCAAAAACUAGAAGGCCGGAUAAAGAAAAUUGAAGAGCUAAUUUCACAGAACGACUCAGAGGACGAGGACGAUGAGGAGUUUGUCAACGUGAACGACAGCGGCUUGAUGCUUUUUAAGGAGCUGCACGAUAAGCUGUACGACUACCAGAGAAGCGGAGUGGCCUUCAUGUACAGCCUGUACAGAGACGGUCGUAAAGGUGGGAUCCUGGCAGAUGACAUGGGCCUCGGUAAAACCAUCCAGGUGAUCUCCUUCCUUUCUGGCAUGUAUGACAACGAGCUGGUUAAACACACACUGCUGGUCAUGCCGACCUCCCUCAUCACAAACUGGACCAAGGAGUUUGCUAAGUGGACUCCCGGCAUGAGGGUGAAGGAGUUCCACGGCGCCAGCAAAGGGGAGAGGACGAGGAAUUUGGAGAAGGUUCAAAGAAGAGGUGGGGUUAUUAUCACUACCUACACCAUGCUCAUGAACAACUGGCAGCAGCUGUCGUCAUACCAGGGCAGGGAGUUCACUUGGGACUACAUGAUUCUUGAUGAGGCACAUAAAAUAAAAACUUCAACCACCAAAACGGCCAAAAGUGCCUCGGCCGUACCCUCAAAAAACCGGAUUCUUCUCACAGGAACUCCGGUCCAGAACAACCUCAGAGAAAUGUGGGCUCUCUUUGACUUCGCUUGUCAUGGCACGCUCCUUGGCACAGCUAAAACCUUCAAAACGGAGUACGAGAACCCCAUCACCCGGGCCAGGGAGAAGGACGCCACCCCAGGGGAAAAGGCUCUGGGCUCACGAAUGUCCGAAAACCUCAUGGCUAUAAUAAAACCCUACUUCCUCCGCAGAACAAAGUCAGAAGUGCAGAAAAAGAAAAUGAACGGUACAGAUUCAUUCAAGGAGGGACACUCAGACAAGGGGGACGACCAAAACCCAAAUGUUCGAACUGGCUCUGGAGCAGUCAUGCCCAAGCUGACGAGAAAGAACGACCUGAUUGUGUGGACUUACCUGAGCGCCGUUCAGGAGGACAUAUACAGACAGUUCAUUUCUUUGGACCACAUCAAGGAGCUUCUUCUGACCACCAGAUCUCCUCUGGCUGAAUUAACCAUUCUGAAAAAGCUGUGCGACCACCCGAGGCUGCUUUCUGCUGGCGCCAUUGCCAAGUUAGGCUUAAAGGAAAACGAGAGUCCGGAGAGCGAAGACACAGAGACUGAUACCAACAGCAUCGCUAGCGUUUCUGAAGACACCUUGAUAUCAGAGUCUGGGAAGUUAGUCUUUCUGGUGGCUCUUCUUGAACGACUCAGACAAGAAGGCCAUCGCACGCUCGUCUUUGCUCAUUACAGGAAGGUGCUGGACAUCAUCGAGCACAUCCUUGGCAACAGAGGCUUUAAGGUGUUGAGGAUGGAUGGUACAAUAACGCAGAUUGCAGAAAGAGAGAGGCGAAUCGCUUUGUUCCAGUCAGACGAGUGUUACUCCGUCUUCCUCCUGACCACCCAGGUCGGAGGAGUUGGCAUCACCUUGACGGCAGCGAACAGAGUAGUCAUCUACGACCCCAGCUGGAACCCAGCUACCGAUGCCCAGGCCGUUGACAGAGCGUACCGCAUCGGCCAGACUGAAAACGUUGUCAUCUACCGGCUGAUCACCUGCGGCACGGUGGAGGAAAAGAUCUACCGGCGCCAGGUUUUCAAAGACUCUCUCAUCAGACAGAACACUGGGGACAAGAAGAACCCAUUUCGUUACUUUAGCAAGCAGGAGCUGAAGGAGCUGUUUUCCCUGGAGGACACUCGGUCCUCGUCCACUCAGCUGCAGCUUCAGGCGCUGCACUCCAGACACCGACGGACAGACCCCGAGCUGGACGAGCACAUUGCCCACCUCCACGCCAUGGAGAUGUUUGGGAUCUCUGACCAUGACCUCAUGUUCUCCCUCGACGUUAACCAUGAAGAGGCUCCUGAAAAUCAAGAGGAGCAACACUACAUCGAAGGCCGGGUCCAGAAGGCCCAGGAGCUGAUGAAGGCUGAGUCGGAGUUGCAGAUGCAGUUGGCCGAGAGCAUGGCAUCCAGCACAGAACCAGCCUGGCUCAGACAACCAGUCGACAACAACAGAGAACACAAACCAAGGAAUCCAAAAUCGAGUCCUUCACUUCCACAGCAUGACUCAAAUGAUUCACCAAUUGUUUUGGAUUUGGACCAGUCAGGUUCCGAAAAAGAGAACAGUCCACAGAAUCUGAGUAAACAAGUUAUUGAUCUGACUACAGAUGAGAAUGGAACCGAAGAGGAACAUGACCAAGUUAAUCAGACCCUAAACUCACCAAACACCCGGCCAGUCAAACGGGAGAGGAGUUACCUGGAAACCACUUCUCCUCAGAAGACGAUGGAGGAGGCUUUGGUUCUGUCAGAUUCUGUUGAUGGUGGUUUGGGUGAUGUGGUCGAUGCCUCUUUUGAAAAAGUCAUGGACAAGUCUGAGGCUGCAGAUGAGGGUGUAACCGAAGAGGAACCCAACGAAGUUAAUCAGAACCUGAACUCACCAAAUCUCUGGCCAAUCAAAGGGGAGAGGAGUUACCAGGAGGCCACCUCUAACCAGGAGGUGAUGGAGGAGUCUGUUGAUGCCGGUUCAGUGGAUGUGGUAAAUCCCUCUGUUGAAACAAUCAUGGACAAGUCUGAGGUUGUAGAUGAGAGUGUAAAUGAAGAGGAACCUGAUGAAGUUGACCGAAACCUGAACUCACCAAAUCUCUGGCCAAUCAAAGGGGAGAGGAGUUACCAGGAAGCCACCUCUAACCAGGAGGUGAUGGAGGAGUCUGUUGAUGCCGGUUCGGGUGAUGUGGUAAAUACCUCUGUUGAAACAAUCAUGGACAAGUCUGAGGUUGUAGAUGAGGGUGUAACCGAAGAGGAACCUAACGAAGUUAAUCAGAACCUGAACUCACCAAAUCUCUGGCCAAUCAAAGGGGAGAGGAGUUACCAGGAAGCCACCUCUAACCAGGAGGUGAUGGAGGAGUCUGUUGAUGCCGGUUCGGGUGAUGUGGUAAAUACCUCUGUUGAAACAAUCAUGGACAAGUCUGAGGUUGUAGAUGAGAGUGUAACCGAAGAGGAACCUAACGAAGUUAAUCAGAACCUGAACUCACCAAAUCUCUGGCCAAUCAAAGGGGAGAGGAGUUACCAGGAGGCCACCUCUAACCAGGAGGUGAUGGAGGAGUCUGUUGAUGCCGGUUCGGGUGAUGUGGUAAAUACCUCUGUUGACGAAGUCAUAGACAAGUCUGAGGUUGUGGACACUUCAGUGGGCGACAGCAGCUCGUUGUUCGUUACUGCAGACGACGAACAAAAGCUAAAUGAAGCUUCACGCUCAGAACAGGACCCCUUCCAGAUGGAGGUCGGUCCGUCUGGUGUCACUCCACUUCAGAACAAAAGACACUCUGUGCCGCAGGCGUCCAACUCCAGCUUCAAAGCCGACGCAUCGCUGAGAGCCGGCUCUGGGUUAGAGUCCUACAACGGCAACUUCAACUUACUGCUGGAGGACAGCGAACUCCUCUCAGAUGGUGACAUUCUGGAUGAUGACCAGAUGGAAGCCGCGGAGCAGAGGCUUCUGUCUCGGCUCCAGAUGGAGCGAAGCUUUGACAUCAAUAAAUCUCUUUGUGAGAAUCAACAGAAAGAAGCGUCCAGGCGAAGCGACGACAUCGUGAACGGCCACGACUCUGACAUGGACAAGUCCGUGGACGACUCCUUCGUGGUGACUAAAAAGAAACGAGCAGCGGUGAUUUAUGACAGCGACGAAGAAGAGGAUGAUGACGAGGAGCCGCUGAUGAAGAGUCAACUUGAAAACUCCUUCCAGGUCCUCGGAGCCUCCACGCCCAAAUCUGCACCUUCCGGAUCCACCCCCCUUCGGUCGAGGAAGAGCGUUGGAUUAAACUCCUCUGUGGCAUCGCGGAGGUCCCUCCUCCAGUCCAUCAUCGAAGACAUGAACAACCACAGCCUCAUGUCGGGGGAGGAAGAAAGCGAUGAUGAUUAUGAUGUGUCCGAGGCCAAGGAAGUGGAAAAGGAAGAGGCCGAGGAGGAGGAGGAGGAAGUGGAAGAGGAGGUUAUUGGUUCAGGUCAGGAUGAAUCUCUAGAGUUGGGGGAGACAGUAAACACAGAGGGGGAGGAGGAAGUAGAAGAAGAAGAGGAGGAGGAAACUGAAGAAGAGGAGGCAAUGGAAGAGGAAGAAUAUAAAGACUCGGGAGAGAAGAUGAGCUUCAACCUGGAUGAAUCGACGAGCGAUCCUGAGCUCAGUUCCACCGAGAGAAUGGAUCAGUGCACGGUGGUGAAUGGGACCAAAGACCUGGACCAGACCUACGACUCCCUGAUCGGGAGGGGCAGGGAGUGCUACAGCGCUGGAAACCUGGUGGACGCCCUGGACUUCUUUGUGAGAGCCCUCGACAUCAAAUCUGGAGACCCUGAAAUUCAGCUCAAAACCAUCCAACUGUACCGAGAGCUGAGUCAGAGGAGCUCAGCGCAACAAUCCUGAAGCUAAAACCGUUUCUAGCACAAACGAACACCAGCUGAUCAGUACCGGGCGAUCAGGGUCCAACAGGCUGGACUGGAGUCAUGCUAGCAGCUCUCUGUGGCUACAUCAAUGCUAACACGUACAUGUGUUUACUAUUUACAGUAAAAUAUAUCAGAUUUGCACAUAAUUGGACAAAAAUAGCAGCCAGAGCUCGGUCUUCAUUUUAUCCGUCCGUCUGAAACUUAAAUAUCCUCUGAUUCCUGUACUGCAACUGCAGCGUUCAGCUUGUUUAUUUUAGUCAUAAUUCUAAUGAACUGAUGAGUCUCUUUGAGAAAAUGAAUCCAACAGCUGCUGAGAACUCAUCAAUGCUCCUUCUUUCACGUCACAGUUAAAACCUUUGGUUUCUGACUCAAAUGUACAUGAGUGACUUUCCAGAGAAACUGAUGUUUGCACAAAAUAUUUUAGUAGAAAUCUCUUUCUUUUCUUUUUUUUCUGUAACGUUCCUGUUGGUGGUUGUGUGUUUGUGAGAAUGAACAGAGAGAUGUGUAAUGAAAUGACUGAUUAUCUUUUCUAUUCUGUUGAUACAACAAAAAAAUACAGUUUGUUUCUCAUUUGUAAAUGUUCAAGUUCAGUUUUCUAGUAAAAUAACUUCUUCUCUGCA